AACUAUAUAAAGAACGAAAUCUCCACCACCCUUCCAUACGUCAUCUCCAUUUCAUUCAAAGCAGACAGAUCACAAUUCAUUUGAGGCCAGCCAUUGUUGCAGAGAUUAAAAUUGAACAAAUAACCAGAUGUUGCUUUUACAGUCUCAUUCGAGGUUCCUUCUUCACACCCUGUUGAAUCGGGUUCAAAAUUUGGAUAAAGCGGUUGAGCUGGAUUAUCACUGGGUUGAGUUUGACGAUGUUCGUUACCACGUUCAGGUAACGACAAAGAAUCCACAUCUUGUGUUGUUAUCAGUGUCAUUGCCGAUUCCACCUCCUGAAACCGUUUUCCUUGGGGGACUUCCAUUUGGAGCUAUAGAAGCUAUAAAAGCUGCAUAUGGUUCAGUUGUACAGAUUCUUGAUCCUCCUCGGGAUGGCUUUAAUCUCACGUUGAAACUCAAUUUGUCAAAACUUUCUCCAAAUGAAGCAAACAGACAAGCUCUUUUUGUGAAGGUUGCAUCUGUAAGGGAAUUGGUACUAGGUGCUCCAUUAAGAGUAGUUCUAAAACAUCUUGCUACAAGGACUGUUGCUCCAGAUAUGGAUCAGCUUGUUGCUCUUGUGCAUCGACCAAAGGAGUCCUAUUUCAUUAUCCCUAAGGCAGAGAAGGUGACAGUGGUAUUUCCUAUGAGAUUCAACGACUCCAUUGAUACUGUUCUGGCAUCUUCCUUCUUGCAGGAAUUUUUAGAAGCAAGGCGUACAGCUGGACUUAAUAAUGCACCUCUUUGUUCAUGGUCUCUUUCACCUCCUCCAGAAAUGAAGGAAGCUCCUUCUAAAGCAUUAUCCGCUAAUGCAGGAUUUGUCACUUUUGUGAUUUUCCCUAGACAUGUGGAAGGAAAAAAACUGGACCGUACGGUUUGGAAUUUAUCAACUUUCCAUGCAUAUGUUAGUUAUCAUGUUAAGUGCUCAGAGGGUUUCAUGCACACACGAAUGCGGCGUCGUGUUGAAUCUUUGAUUGAGACCUUGGACCGUGCCAAACCAGAUCUGGAUGAGGCAAAGAAGUCAGUAAAUAACAACAGAUCGUUCAAACGGCUGAUGCUCAAAGACCUCAAGGACAGCCGGUCAAAUUCAUUUCGCUGAAGGCAGGGGUGAGCAUUUUUGGUUGGAAACCCGGAAAAGUUUUGGUUGAUUAAUUUUCUUGCAUACAUCUGGAAAAGCUUGCUCCUGGUGCUUGUACCUUUAUUCAUUGUUGAAAAUGGGGGAGAAGGGUUAGCUGCAAAUGUAAACAAUUUUGUUUGUAGAUGGCAUUGUUAUAACCAGAGUUCCAUUUUAUUAGGUAAUUUUGUUGUUUAAAUUGGUAAUAUCAUUUGUUUCAAAGUUCUGAAACAUUGAUUUUGUUGGUCUUUUGCCAAGCAA